AUGACCACCCAUUCGAGACCCAGGCCUAUUCCGCCUCACAAGAUUGUUUCUGAAACGAUUCGCGAGAGGGAAGCGCUAAGACAUUGGCUUCCAUUCCAAAUUCCCGGAACCGUACAAGAAUCUCGACAACCGACCCCGUCAAACGACCGACUCUCGUCCGCCAACGUCAUUUUAACGGCCCUGACACAGCUCGGUAUCUACCAAGUCGGCGCAGAACGAGCUUUUGUGUCGCUCUUCGACUCCGAGUACCGAUAUUUCAUAUCCGAAGCUACAUCUGGCACAUAUUUACGCCCAUCGGCCCCCAAUCACGAAUUCAACCAGCCAUUCCAACUGUGCGGCACAGCUCUUCGUCGAGCCGAUGAUGCGUGCAAUUAUACCCUCUUGAAUCACUUCAAGGAUGACCCCAAAGUUGGAGACGCAAGUGUUCUCCCCGUCACGGUCGUGCCAUACUGGGCAAAUGAAUACAGAUUCAAAUCUCGAACCCUCCCCGUACUGGAGUCUCUGGAUUCCAGUUUCUACGCUGCUGUCCCAAUUCGAACCAAACGAGGCAUAAACAUCGGCGUGUAUAGCGUUGUCAAUACAUCGCAUCGCGAAUGGACCGAACCCAACUCUGACAGGUUGCGGGAUAUUUCCUGUACCAUCGCCGACCACCUCGAGACAGAGAGUCUCAAGGCUGUCAAUCGAAGAAACGCUCGUAUGAGCAGAGGUCUGGGGUCCUUUUUAGAAGGCGGUUCGACUCUUACCGGCUGGCGUCUCGGAGCAAACACUAGAGAUUUCAUCGACGAUUCUGGGUCCACCGAAGGGAACCUCAAUUCGAAACAGCAGUCGAUACAACAAGACAUGGACGACGAGAUCAAUACGUCUGAGUUUUCCAACGAUGAUUCGCCGAAGCAAAGUCGCCGGCCUCACACACCCAUGAGAAAUGCGAGUCGCACAAUGCAUACAAUGUCGGAGAACCGAAACCUUGGUAAUGUCUUGUCAAGGGCCGCCAACAUUAUCAGAGAAUCGGUCGAAGUUGAGGGCUGCAUUUUUCUCGACGCAACCAUGGCGGGCUAUCGAUCGAACAAAGCCAAGAGUACACCCAAUGCCAGAUCUGUAGGGCAAUGGUCGUCAACAAGCAGUGAUGACAAUACUCAAGAAGAUCUUUUCUGCGAAGUAAAGGGAUUUUCUACUUCUGGAAACUCUAGCAUUGACCGCACUCAAGGUCCAGAGGCACCGUUGAUGCUUAGUGAGAAGUUCAUGAUGAACUUGCUGAAGCAAUAUCCUCAAGGCAAGGUCUUUAUCUUCAGUGACGAUGGUGAACUCCAAACGUCUGACUCGUCUUCUGAUGAUGUAUUCCCUUGGAUCUCGCAUCCCCACCAUCAAGACCGACAAGUUGGUCAAGACACACGAGCAUCAUCUGUGCCGCGUAACAAGACCCGGAGAAAGUCUGUGUCGCGCCAGCGCGAGGGUAAAAUUAUCUCAGCUGCAUUUCCACGCGCGCGCAGUGUGGCUUUCUUCCCCGUCUGGGACCCGAAGCAAGAACGAUGGCGCGCAAGUGGAUUAAUCUACACUAAUGCUCCGUUUCGCACAUUUACCGUCCAAGGUGAAUUGAGUUAUUUGACAGCUUUUGGUAUGCUUGCUGCGGCUGAGAUUAUGCGACUCGAGGCUCUACAAGAUGCCAAGGUCAAGUCAGACGCUCUUGGAUCUUUGUCUCACGAAUUGCGUUCUCCACUUCACGGGGUUCUGCUGGGUACGGAGCUAAUGGCCGAUACAAGACUCAAUGUUUUCCAGACCAACAUUGCGCAUACCAUUGAGACGUGCUCAAGAACGCUACUGGAUACAAUAGACCAUCUCCUUGACUAUUCGCGAGUUAAUAGUUUCGCCAGUGGGGGCAGAAAGUCCAUUGGCAGCCAUGCGUCAGCAGAUUCGCUGGGCAUUGGCAAAAAGUCCCUAGUAACCGACUACUUUAUUGAUCAUCUUGUAGAGGAUGUGGUGGAGAGCGUUUUCGCAGGGUUUAAUUUCCAACACAAGUCCAUCAACCAACAUAUUACCCAGCAAAGACAAAAGAAGCCGCGGGCAGGCAGUGCUUCAAACUACGCAGAUAAUGCGGCCAACUCUGCCGCGGACUAUCACGAGGCCAUGGACCAGCUUACCCCCGGCAUCUCGGAGAACAGGGGGUCCACAUUUGCAUUCGGAAAUGUAACAGUGAUGUUGUCCUUUGACGCUCAGUGCGAUUGGCUGUUCCGCUUCCAUGUGGGAGCAGUGCGUCGCAUCGUUAUGAACAUUGUUGGCAACGCGUUGAAGUACACUCCAGAAGGUUCCAUCAACAUUACGCUCACACAACAAGUCACCUCCCUGAGACGUCGCAAGGCGGCGCCAGUCGUUUGCUUUAGGGUGACGGACACGGGCAAGGGCAUCAGUGAGGAGUUCCUUCAGAGGUCCAUUUUCAAGCCCUUCAGUCAAGAAGACGAUUUAUCGCCAGGGACUGGCAUCGGUCUCAGUCUCGUCAAGCGAAUUAUAUCACAAUUUAGAGGACAAAUCUCGAUUGAUAGCCAGGUCGGAGUUGGCACAGCAGUUACUGUUUUGCUUCCACUUGAAAAGCCUAAAUUACCUGCUGAAGAUGGCGUCUUCUUAGGCCCUCAGGCCGAUUUUAGCGACCAAGUGCAGGAUCUGGCGGGCCUUCGCGUCCGGCUUAUGUUCGGCUCCACUGCUUCGACUGUCUCAGCAGAUCUUCGCAAAAACUUGGAGCAUACUUGUAGAGAAUGGCUCAAGCUGGAGUUGCUCGCCCAAGAUGACGAGUCUAAGAAGCCAGAUCUUAUGCUAUGGACGCAGGACGCGUUGCCUCCCACGUCCGAGUUCACCCAGUCGCUGGCUCUCAUUCCAAACGUUGUCAUCUGUACGAACGCGGUGACUGCCUAUGACAAAGGGAGGGAGUGUUACAAGGUCGGAUGGAGAGGUAUUUUCGAGUUUGUGUCACAACCCAUCGGUCCAAGAAAGUUGGCCAAGACUCUGUCUGUCGCCUAUAGCCGUUGGGUAGAUGACACCGACCCUCUAUCUGCUUCUCCUCCUUUCGACGAUCCAGUGAUCAAUCGACCGCCGGUCUUUGGUCGCAAUUCGAGUAGUUCGGAUCCUCCGCAAACGAGCCCAAACGAUACGAGCCAUUCCACAACAAAGCCAGAUUCGGAAUCGCCACCUGUCGGGGACAAUGGAGACUCGACAAGGCCUCCAAUAGCCGCGCCACAUCCAAGCGAUCCAGGCCACGAGGCCUCAACAAUACUCCUUGUUGAAGACAACCACAUCAAUCUCAAGAUACUUGCUACAUACAUGAAGAAGCUCAAGUUGAGAUACGACACAGCUGUCAACGGGAAGGAGGCAGUGGAAAAAUACACACAGUCACCGGGAAAAUUCCUUUGUAUUCUACUGGACAUCUCAAUGCCCGUCAUGAACGGUUUUGAAGCCGCACGGCAGAUCAGGGCAUUCGAGACACGAGAGAAAAUUGAGAAUGGUGUCCCACUAUUUGUAAUUUCCGGUCUUGCAUCCGAAGAAGCGCAGAGGGAAGCGUACGGGAGCGGCAUCAACUUGUUUCUUUCCAAACCAGUCAAGCUUCAAGUGCUGGGGGACAUACUCAGAGAGAGAGGCAUUUUGGAUUCAGGAGAUAAGAAGGUUGGAACAUAA